AUGGUGAAACGACAAAAGGAGAAACAGUACCAAUCGGCACGAGAGCAUCGAGCCAAUUCGCAGUUGCGGUCUGGCACAGCUAGUAAUAGUAGUACGAGCAGUACUCGCAAGCUCCCCUUUAACUGCUGUGCUCUGAGUUUGAUGCCCUUUUCCACUCCCAUCGCAACCCGCAGCAACGGGAUUGUCUUUGACAAGCAAUCGAUGGAAAGUUUUUUGAAAGAGCAUGACAAUAUGGAUCCCGUGACAGGCAAGAAACUCAAUCCUCGCGAGGAUUUGAUUGCCUUGGAGAUGGAUCAAGAUGACGAAGGCCGAUGGCAAUGUCCCAUUCUCACCAAACCCUUUGCCGAUCACACCAAAAUCGUCGCCAUUCGACACGGCACUUCCGCCAAUGUCUACUCGUACGAAGCCUACCACGAACUCAAUGUCAAAACCAAGAAUUGGGAAGACUUGAUUUCGGGAGAGAAAUUCAAUCGCAAGACGGAUGUCUGGAUUCUCAAUGAUCCCGAUGAUAUCGAGAUCCAAAAGAAACGUGAUAUCAACACAUUUUACCAUAUUCAACAUCAGCGACAGCUGGAAGCCAACAAACAGCAAACCAGUAAUAUUCGACACAGUGUCACGGCCAGUCGUAUUUUGGAUAAAAUGAAAAAGAACGACAGCAACAAUACUAAAAAGAGAUCGUCCUCCGAGCCCUCCUCCGAUCUCCAACAAGAAGGCAAGCGACUCAAAAUAUUUUCAGACGAUGUCACGCGUGCCGCCUUGACAUCGGGAAAGGCAUCGGGAUCCUUGACCAGUACCGUUAUGGAAAUCACCCCCGACAAUGAGACGCGAGAAGCAACCCAAGAAGAAGUAUUGAAAUCGAUGUGUGUGGUAUUGCGACGUCUCAAGAAAAAGGGCUACGUGCGCAUGGAAUUGUCCACUGGUCAGUAUCUGGUAUUGGAGAUUCAUUGCGACUAUGUGCCACGGACCGCCACCAAUUUUAUCAAAUUGUGUCAAGAGAAAAAGUACAAUGGAAGUUCGUUUCAUCGGUUGAUCAAGAAUUUCAUGAUUCAAGGAGGGAAACCGCCCAAGAACAGUAGUGAUAGUAGUGACGAGUGCUACUGGGGUGGCUCCUUUCGAGAUGAAUUUGAUGAUCGACUCAAACAUACUGCACCUGGGAUACUCUCCAUGGCGAACGCCGGCCAGCACACUAACAAGCGACAAUUCUUUUUCACAUUUGCACCUUGCGAACACCUUGACAAGAAACAUUCCAUAUUUGGGGUUGUCAUUAAGGGGUUGGACGCACUCAAAGAGUUGGAAAAGAUACCCACGGACAAGAAGGAUCGACCAAUGAAAGAAAUCACUAUUGCGGAUACGAUAGUGGUGGACAAUCCAGUCGAAGAGGCAGAAGAGAUGGAACGAAAACGAAUUGAAGCCAAGCAAAAAGCUGCCGGCAAGGCAGCAGCACAACAGGAAAGCGCUUCCGCUGGGGCAGCCAAGCCAGUUGCGGCCAAGGCAAAAACGACAACGAUUGGACGAUAUUUGCCCAAGACGGCGGAUACCAAAAAUGAUGACGACAUUGGCAUUCCCGUUGUGCCAAAGGCAGCAGCAAAGCCAGCCAACGCCGAGCCAAAGGCCAAAAUGAAGUUUGGCAACUUUAGUGGUUGGUAA